AUGAAUUUGGUUCAACUCUACGGCACGGGCUGCCGCACAAUGACACCGCCGCGCGGUUCCGGCGCCGCUUUCAAUUGGAUGCGCCGCUCCUGCGGAUUCGGCUGGGUCCGAGUCACGCGAGUUGGCAGGCCGGCGCACCCCCAGCCGCACACCACCCACCACCACCCCACCGCCCACCGCCUGCUCUGCACGAAAACAACAAUCGGUUUCCGACAGCAAAUGGACCACACAAUACCGCCCAAGGAGUUCAAAUGGACGCCGGGCAACCUGAUCAACGAGAACUUCAAGCUGGGCGACCAUGGUCACGUCUGCGUUGUGCUCAAUCGGCAAAUUCAAGUGCCGGCGCACGUGGUCAAGCUGCUGUGGCGGAAUGCCGCCGUGCGCUGUGCCGUCGACGGGGGCUCCAAUCACUGGCGUGACUUUGUCGUGGGUCAGGCAAUGUCGAAGUCAAAGUCAAAUGGCGCUGGCACCGCGGGCACACCACUCGAACCGCUGGACGUGAUAACGGGUGACUUUGAUUCGAUCACCGAGGACACGGUGGACUUCUUCAAGACCACGCCGAAAGUGCAUACACCCGAUCAGGAUGCCACGGACUUCACCAAGGCCAUUGCCGUUCUGCAGCCCGUAAUGGCGCAGAGGAAAAUCCGUGAUGUAGUGGUGUUCCAUGACACCUCCGGUCGGCUGGACCAGGUGAUGGCCAACCUGAACACGUUGUACAAGUCGCAGAAGGACAACUGCAAUGUCUUUCUCCUCAGCGGCGAUUCGGUGACGUGGCUGCUGCGGCCAGGGAAGCACACGAUACAGGUGCCCACCGACCUGGUCACCAGCCAGCGGUGGUGCUCCCUGAUGCCCGUGGGAUCGGCGGCGCACAACGUCACCACCACGGGGCUCAAGUGGAACCUAUAUCACGCACAAAUGGAGUUUGGCGGCAUGGUUAGCACAUCUAACACCUAUGCCACCGAGUUUGUCCAAGUGGAGACGGAUGCCAACCUCAUAUGGUCCAUGGGCGCCUACGACUUCGAGGACAAGGUGCGACAAACAGCAAAGACAUGA